GAUGGCCACAGGACCAUCGCGAAGGAAUGCCCGUGCUGCUGCUGCAUGGAAGAUGAUGGGAGAACUCUUAGAUGGCGAGUACUUUUACUUUUCCAGCACUACAGAACAAAGGGAAGGGAUAAAGUCCUCGACUCGAACAGUAGGAGCGGAGCUUCGUCACUUGAGAGCGUUUUUAGAAGCUUAUGCAGGUGCUGCAAGUAAAAAGACGAUGGAGUUUUAUGCCAGAAGUACUGACUCAGGAGGGGCAGCUGGAUGUAGUUUUAUCGACGGCGUCCUAGCGGCACUGCUUAAUCUGCGGGAGGCGCUUCUUAGCGCAGCGGACGAAAAUUAUGGGAUGCUAGGCGAGCAUGCUGACGAGCGGCCUUUGAAGCGCAGAAAAAGUGCGCCUGACAAAACUGAAUCCGUUCUUCAGAAAUCCAACGACCUCAACACAAGAACAUCUUUGGGAAAAUAUUUGUGGGCUUUUAUUCCUCUACCGCGUAUAUGGGAAACUGUGCUUGAAAAUGGGACAAUGGCGCAGUUGCAAUCACUUCUCGAGAUCGUUUUGGAUGUCAAAGCGAGUAUCAAGCCUUCUCGCAGUACGCAAUCUGAAAGAUCGAAUAACGAAGCACGCAGUGCAAGUUCCUCUCCAUCUUCAGCCUCGAAAGGGAGUGAGAUUUUAUCCACGAC